AUGUUCUUCUCACUUCUUGCAGCGUUUAUCACUGCAAUAUUCGCCGCCAGAGUACUACCCCAGAAGACGCUGGCUUUCGAUGCGGACGACGCAAUCAACGCUACUAAGUGGGCUACUGCGAGAGCCAAAGCAGAUCAUCUGAUAGCUAAGUUAAAUUUGACUGAGAAGGCUUCCAUAGUCACUGGCACACCCUCUGGACAAUGCAUAGGCAAUCUUGCGGCGAUUGAACGCGUCGGAUUCGGCGGCCUUUGCCUAUCUGACGGGCCACAGGGUCUACAUGUCGCAGAUCUGGCAAGUGUCUUCCCUUCAGGCUUGACUGUGGCGGCAACAUGGGAUCGAAAACUCAUGGCUCAACGAGGUGCUGCUAUGGCAGUCGAGUUUCGGGGAAAGGGUGCCAAUGUCAUGCUAGGCCCGACAAUUGGUCCCAUGGGCCGCAGUCCAUGGGAUGGCCGCCUUUGGGAGGGCUUUUCUCCGGACCCCUACCUCUCGGGAGUUGCGGUUCAAGAGACUAUCCGAAAUGCUCAAGCAGUCGGUGUGCAAGCUUGUGCCAAGCACUUCAUUGGCAAUGAACAAGAAACCCACCGGACCAAUGAAGUGAUUGACAGUGUGGAUGUUGCUGCCGUCUCAGCCAAUAUAGAUGAUCGCACUUUGCAUGAGUUAUAUCUUUGGCCUUUUACAGAUGCUGUCAAAGCCGGUGUUGCUUCAUUUAUGUGCAGUUAUAACCGUGUCAACAUGACAUAUUCCUGCGAAAAUGCGCCUCUUCUCAAGUCAAUCUUGAGAGAUGAGCUGGGUUUCGAGGGCUAUGUGAUGUCGGAUUGGUUUGCAACGCACUCAGGUGUCCGCGCUAUUAACGCCGGCCUUGACUUGGAUAUGCCAGGCUUUCUGAGCGAAAAGGACUUAGGCUCGUAUUUUGGUCCCAACGUUGUGUCUGGCGUUAGAAACGGAAGUAUCUCGGAGGGUCGACUGGACCAGAUGAUCCAGCGGAUCCUCACUCCAUACUUCUAUUUGGAUCAAGACACCGACUAUCCCACCGUUGACCCAUCGUCAUACGCUGUGCUAGCAGCUACUUACGGUCUGCUUUCCCCUGGUGACCCUAGUCCCAAGGGUCGAGAUGUCCGCGGCAAUCAUUCAUUGUUGAUUCGGGAGAUUGGAUCUGCUGGCACAGUUCUGCUCAAAAACUCGAACAACACGCUCCCUCUCAAGACACCCAAGGUCAUUGGAGUUUUCGGCAACGAUGCCCCGGACGUCUCUACAGGGUUACUCUAUCCCGACGAUGCUUACGGGCCUAAGAUGGGGACUCUUGCAGUCGGCGGCGGCUCUGGUAGUGGUCGUAUGCCUUACGUUGUCUCUCCCCUAGAGGCUAUCAAAGCGCGUGCAAAGGAUGAAGGCUCUCACGUGGUCUAUCUUACAAACAAUGACUUGAUCGCAGCAGGAGACCUCAAGAGUAUCUACCCUUGGCCCGACGUCUGCCUUGUGUUCCUUAAUUCGUGGCUCGUUGAAGGAUUCGAUAGAACAUCCCUCGAAGCCGACUGGAACUCCACUCUGGUUGUUAAUAACGUCGCUUCGAUUUGCCCCAGAAAGACUGUCGUGGUGACACAUACUGCCGGUGUCAAUACAAUGCCGUGGGCUGAGAAUGACAAUGUUACCGCCAUUCUGGCCGCGCAUUACCCCGGUCAGGAGACCGGUAAUUCAAUCGUGGAUAUUCUAUGGGGAGAUGUCAACCCGUCUGGAAAACUUCCGUACACUAUUGCAAAGGACGCCUCCGACUAUAACACCCCCAUUCUCAAUCUGACUGGCCCGGCAGCUACUGACUCCAACGCAUGGCAAGUCAACUUCACCGAGGGGUUGAUGAUCGAUUACCGGCAUUUUGACGCCCAGAGGAUUAGCCCCUUAUACGAAUUCGGCUAUGGUCUCAGUUAUACUACAUUCAAUGUCUCUUCAGGCCUUUCUGUUGAGCGUCUUGAACAUGCUACUGGCCACAUAUCCCCGUGCUCACACGCUUCCAAGAGGACGACCCCGGCGGGUGGAAACCCCGAUCUGUGGUAUGAGAUGAUUGGCGUCAAAGCAACGGUCACUAACACCGGAGGAGUUUCAGGGGCGACUGUCCUGCAACUCUAUCUUUCCUAUCCCAGUGAAAAGAUGCCUUUGGGAACUCCUGUAAAAGUCCUCCGGGGCUUUGAAAAGGUGACUUUAGAGCCUCGGGCCAGCCAAGAGGUCCGGUUCAUUCUAAGGCGUCGCGACCUAAGCUUCUGGGACACUGUAGCACAGAAGUGGAGGAUACCCGAAGGUCACAUCCAACUCAGCGUGGGCUUCAGCUCCCGAGACCUGCAUUCGUCCGCUUCGCUGCGAAUUCUCUAG